AUGGGCCUCACGGUGGUCGGAACCCUUCGGGCCAGCCGAGCUCUCCUGCCGAAGGAGAUGACCACCACCGAGGGCCGGGAGCCGGGCGGCAGCCUCAUCUGCCACCGGAACAUCCAGCUCGUGUCGUACUGCCCCAAGGCCAAGAAGGUCGUGCUCGUGGCGUCGUCGCAGCACCGGCUGCCACUGGUCGACCAGGUGACCGGAAAACCAGAAGUGGUGUUGUAUUAUAACUCCACGAAGGGCGGAAUAGACGUAUGUGACGCUGUCAUCGAGGCGACCACCUGCCAAGCAACUGUGAGGCGGUGGCCGGUGCGGGUGCUGCUGUACCUGCUGUCCGUCGCCGGUCUCAAUGGGUUCCACCUCUUCUGCCUGGCUCAGCCGACAUCCGAUCACUGCGACAUCCGUCACGGCGCCCGGAUGCGCUUCCUGCGCGCCCUCGCCACGCAGCUCAUCCUGCCGCAGGUCGAGCGGCGUGCCGAGCUGUUCCAGAGCCGCGGUGUGCUAAACAGACAGACGGCGACCGCGAUCCAGCUGGUGCUCGAACGGCCACCAGCUAGCGCCGCUCCAACCGUCGCCGCUGGCAGCUCCCAUGUACCACCGACCUGCUCCAAGUGGAGCGUGUGA